AUGUUGUUUAACUGUUUGUGGGUGUGGCUACUUCCAAUUUGGAAGGCAUUUUCAAGGCUGCUUUGUGAGUUUCACACUGUGCAUGCUUUGAAUUUGCAAGGGUUGUUACUUUGUCUAUGUUAUUUAAUUGUUUGUGGGUGUGACUACUUCCAGUUUCCAAGGUGUUUUCGCAUAACUUUGGAUAUAGUUUUUGAGUUAGGUUUUGUUGUGGCUCUGACUGAAUGGUUUGAAUUUGCAAGUGUCCUUAUUUUUGGCCGUGGUGUGGUUGCUGGGUUGUUACUUUGGUUAUGUUAUUUAACUGUUUGUGGACGUGAUUACUUUGAGUCUGCAACGUCUCUGUUCACUUUCACAGAUUCUGAAAUUAGAAUUACAUGUUUUGAUGAGAUAGCUAAGUUACACUCUAACCGUGUGGACAUAGGUUCACAUUAUCUUAUUUCAAAGGGAUCUAUUAAGAAGGCAAAUGCAAGGUACAACAAACUAAAUAGUCAUUUAGAAAUCACCUUGUUUGAUGCAUCCAUACUGAAACGCUGCACCAACGAAGAACAAGCAGAUCAACAAGGUCCUCCUUUCAUGCCCAUUAAUGAAUUGUUUCAUCUAACAAAUAACAUGUUGGUUGACAGAAUUGACCUUGUUCUAUAUGUUGGAGAUAUCAUUCCAAUACACAGGAAAGAUGGCAGUCAAACACACAAACGUGUUGUGAAAAUUAGUGAUCUAUCUAAUUCAACAAUUGACAUCAACCUAUGGGGUCCAAUGGCAGAACAAAAAGGCCUAGAAUUGAAAAAUAUGUUGAUCAAUGAUAGUUUGGUUAUCCUUGCUUUACGUAAUUCUCGUGUUGGCUAUUUCAAUGGGAAGCUUAUAAACAUAACAGCUGCAACCAUAUUACAUAUCAACCCAACUUUUCUAGAAGCAGAGCUUCUAAUGUUAAGAGGAAAGGACCCUUUGCUUGUUGUACCCUUUGUUGCAGAAACUAUCCACAUAGAUGGUAAAUAUAGUAGAAUGACUAUUUCUUCAAUUCGUGAGCAAAUGAGCAUCAAACCAGAAACAAUUCAAACAACUUUGCUAGCCGUUCUGCGCUUUUUAAACGUAACUGACCAAAAUUUAUAUUACGCAACCUGUCCACUAAUAAUCAAUGGAAGGCCUUGCAAGAAAAAAUGUACACAUCAAGUUGAUGAUUCUCUGUUUUGCUCUAGAUGUCAAAUGACUAUGCAAGACUAUAAUUAUAGUUACCUCUUGCCACUAAAGUUACAAGAUGCCACAGGUACUCUAUGGGCCAUUGCAUUUGAUGAGGGUAGCAUUCACUUGCUACACAAAACUGUAAAACAACUUUGUGCACUACAAAAUGAUGCAACAACAACAGAGACAGCUUGCUCAGUGAUUAAGAGACUACUGUCAUGUCACUAUUCAUUCACACUGUCGGUUUCCACUGAGACAUAUAAUUCAGAAUCAAAGAUGAAAGUGACAGUCAAUAAAGUCUCUCCUGUUGACUUCAAAGCUGAGUGUCAUGCACUACUUCCAGAAAUUAAUCAUCUAAGUACACAGACUUAG